AAGUUAUUCGCAAGCACAUUCUGGUUUUUCGCCUCCCUUUGCUGUCCGUCCCUCGCGAUCGCUUUCUCCAACAGGCAGUCCCCACGAAACCAGGGCGAGCAAACGCAGUGAACCCUGGAGACAAGCACGCCUCGACCAACCAAUCCUCAUCCGUUCAAUUGCCCAAAUAUACGACGCCAUGUCUGCUCAGAACGAGUCCGCCGCCUGGCCCAAGGCCGAGGACCCCGCGCUGGUCCAGGAGCUGCUCGACUGCGUCCAGCAGGCCAGCCACUACCGCCAGCUCAAGAAGGGCGCUAACGAGACGACCAAGUCGAUCAACCGCGGCACGAGCGAGCUCGUCAUCCUCGCCGCCGAUACCCAGCCCUUGAGCAUCGUCCUUCACAUCCCCCUCAUUAGCGAGGAGAAGAACGUGCCCUACGUGUACGUCCCCAGCAAGGUCGCCCUCGGCCGUGCCUGCGGUGUCUCGCGGGCCGUCAUUGCUGUUUCCCUUACCUCGAACGAGGCCUCGGAUCUGAACUCCAAGAUUCGCGCCCUUCGCGACAAGGUUGAGCGUCUGGCCAUGUAAGGAGGCUUAUCCGAGAGAAAGAGAGAGGGAGAGUGAGGGAAAGAGUACAUUCAGUCGUGGCAAAUGAAUACGAGAGGAUGCAUCCACAAGGAUGGGUUGAGUCAGUGGUGGUGGCACUGCCAGGACGAUGAACGCCCGAGGAGAUUGGAACCUGCUUGGUGCAGAGAGUAGGGUUUCGACCAUGCCCAACCGUUCUGUAUUCCAGCGUGCGUGGUCUAGCCGGCAGGCAUCGGGAAAUACAUAUUGGAUUCUCCUAAUUCUGAUACCAUCACGACCGAGGGGAGGGUUGGGGUUGCAACACAUCCUAGUACAGAGUAGAUAUCUCGCUUCGCUCGAUUUCCAUUCGGCAGUGGCGCGUGGGGCGGCCUGCAGAAUGAACGCUCUCAGGUGGGCUGCGGGAUCGGUUAAUAAGGACCCCACACGCGGACCUGCACUACAACAUCAUGGGCGCCAAGUCAGGCCCCGAGUUUCCAUGACAGCCUCCUCAGGCCAGA